UUAGGUGUCACUGGGCGGAGGUAAUUUGGGUUGCGGUUUUAGAUUUUUUUAUGCUGAUCCUUGACUGGCGCCCUGGCCCAUUUGAUGACACGGAAACAUUAGGCCACGAGGGAACAAACUCCAGCGUGAGCAUCAAAGAUGGUUGCCCUUCAAUUGGAGCGAAGGGUCGUAGGCGUCGGCUGGGUUGACAGGACGGAGUUUACUUCUUGGGGUACACACUACUUUCCCUGUCAGCGGUCUCUCCAUGUGUGACAUCUUUAUAGAUAUGGAAAACACCCAGGUGAUUGACUGGGAUGCUGAAGAAGAGGAAGAGACAGAAAUAUCCAGUGGAUCCUUGGGGUAUAGUGUGGAGCCUAUAGGGCGGCUGCGAUUCUUCAGUGGUACCCAUGGACCAGAACGAGAUUUCCCACUCUACCUUGGCAAGAAUGUAGUUGGUCGAAGCCCUGACUGCUCUGUGGCCCUGCCUUUUCCAUCCAUCUCCAAACAGCACGCAGUGAUUGAAAUCUCAGCUUGGAACAAAGCCCCUAUCCUUCAGGAUUGUGGGAGCCUCAAUGGCACUCAAAUCGUAAAGCCUCCUAGGGUCCUAGCUCCUGGAGUGAGCCAUCGUCUGAGGGACCAGGAAUUAAUUCUGUUUGCAGACUUUCCCUGCCAGUACCAUCGCCUGAAUGUCCCACCACCCUUGGUCCCUCGGAGUCUUCUAACUAUAGAGAAGACCCCCAGAAUACGGGGAAGAUCCCAGAAUUCCAGAGUUUUGUUGGCUGAGGAUUCAGAGGAAGAAGGGGAUUUUCCUUCUGGAAGGUCUAUGGCAAAUGGAUCAAGGAAUACAGCAUCCCCUUCAGCAACAGUAGUUCCGGAAAGUGAUGAAGAGGGCUCUUCUCCGGGCCCAAGUGUCCCUGGGCCAUCUUCACCCUUUGGUUUGGGAAGUGACACAGAUGAAUCACAAGGUCAGCAACCAGGAGUAGAGGAGUCUUCUUUAGCUGACAACAAUGGUGCCGCAGGGGAGCCUGAGCAGCCUGAAGUGAAUGGAGUGACAACUGGCACACAGGCUCAAACUACCAAGGACAAGUUCAAGGACACAAAGAUCAAGGAGGAGGCAGGCAGUGCAGGGGUUCCGGUUGGGUCAGUUCUGGAGGGGAGCCCCACUCUUGGGGAAGACAGUGACACAGAAGCGGAUGAAGAACGUCAGCCUUCUGGUUCUGGGGAUAGUGAUACGGAUGUAGAAGAAGAGAGGGUCCCUGUGAAGAAGAACCAAGUACUGCUUGGGGUUGGUAUAGGGGAUCCAGGAGCACGUGGUGUGGCACAUCUGCAGGACAGCCCAACUGGUAGUGACACAGAUGUGGAGGAGGACAAGACUGCACUGGCUGUCCCUCCAGAGAGAAGCCACACAGCCAUGGUGAUCAACAGUGAUACAGACGAGGAGGAGAGGGGUGAGGAGGAGGAGGUCUCGGCAGCACUCACCUUGGCCCGUCUGAAGGAGAGAGGAAUUGCUUUGUGGAGUGGAGAGCCAGGCACAGAGGAGGUCAAGUCCCAACCACAGGUCCUUGUAGAACGAAGCCAGAGUGCCUCUGGGAGAGACAGUGACACUGACGUGGAGGAGGGAUCCUCAGGAGGAAAGAGAGAGAUUGUCCCUGACAGCCCCAUGGAUGUAGAUGAGACUCUUACUGUCACACAGCCAGAGAGCCAGCCUCCCUGUAGGCCCAAUGAUGUAGAUAUGAGCUCCCUUGGCAGCCAUCUAGAGGGAAAUCAGGCCUCCUCUGCUCUGGUAGACAAGAACAGAGCACAAGUGGAGGAGGAAGUCCCAGGGCCAUCUGUUACCCUGGGGGAGAAACACCAGGUGCCUCUAGAGGGAGCCCAGCCUCCUGAGGAAGCCCGGGAAACAGCUGUGCAGGAAGGCUCAUCCUCACCAGUGGCAGACAUAAGAAUGAGCCAGCAGCCAGUAGCAGAAGAUGCUGGGACAGAGUGUGCUGCAGCUGUUUCUGAACAGAAAAGUGCUCUUGAGGUCGGGGCUCAGAGCAGGUCACCUGCAGCACCUGUGGAACAGGUGGUGGUACGCACAGAUACUUCAGGGGAUCCCACCCUGCCACAGAGAGAGGGAGCCCAGACCCCCACAGGAAGGGAAAGAGAAGCACAUGUGGGCGGGACCAAGCAUGCCAAAGAGUGCUGUGAUGAACCUGAGGAUCUGUGCCUUUCAGCCACCCAGUGCUUUGUGGAAGGGGAGAGCCAGCACCCAGGAGCUGUCCAGAGUUUGGAAGAUGAGCCUACCCAAGUCUUCCCAUGUCUUCCCCAAGAGCCUGGACCUUCCCAUCUCAGCCUCCCGACUCCAGGUGCAGAUACCUUGGAUGUGCCUUGGGAAGUCUUGGCUACACAGCCGUUCUGUCUGAGAGAACAGACAGAGACCUCUGAGCCCAUUGACACCCAUGAAGCUCAUGGAUCUCAACCAUCUCUACCUGGGGAACCACCAGGACACCAACAUCCGGUCCCUACCAGCCUAGAUCACACAGAGCUGUUGAGAAUUGAUGACAGAGAGAUGCAGACUGUGGAGAAAGCCAUGGGCCACCUAAGUUGCCAGAUGACGCCAGAUGGAAAGGCUUCCGGGGAUGACCCAGAGCCCUCAGACCAUCGCCUGUUUUCUCCAGUGCCUGAAGCUUCAGCUUCACCUCAGAGUCUCCUCACCUCUCAGAGCCAAAAGCAAUCUACACCUCAGCCUCUGUUUCCCACUUCUUCUUCUGAGCUAGCCCUUCCUGAGACUCUUCACACAAAGCCUAAUGUCAGGCCACGGCGGUCCUCCAGGAUGACCCCCUCCCCACAUUCCUCUGCUGCCCUUAAGCCUUAUACUACCUGCCCCACAAACCAGCCUGCUGCUUCUAGGCCAACAUCUCGCCCCACUCGGGGCAGGGCAAAUAGGUCCUCUACCAGGACCCCAGAACUGAUUGUCCCUACAGGCCCUGAGCUCCAGCCUUCCACCUCCACAGAACAGCCUGGCAUUCCAAACCUCACUUCUCAGGUCACUGAGGGCAGGGCACAUAGUACCUCUGUUAAUAUGCCUGAACCAGUUCUCACAGGUCCCGAAGCCCAGCCUCUCACCUCCGCAGAACAAUCUGUCACCUCAAACCUCAAUCCUCGGGGUAGGCAAAGUAGGUCUUCUGUCAAGACCCCACAACCACUUAUUUCCACUGGCUCUGACCUCCAACCUCCCACCUCCACAGAACAACCUGUUGUACCUAAAUCCACAUCUCGGACCACUCGGGGCAGGCCACCUAAGUCUUCUGUCAGGACCCCAGAAUCAGUUGUCCCCACUGGCUCUGAAUCUUUCACCUCCAUAGAACAGCCUGUUAUCCCUAAAACCAGGGCCACUCGGGGUAGACCAAGUAAGCCUUCUAUCAAGACCCCAGAACCAAUUGUCCCCACUGGUCCUGAACUGCAGCCUCUUACCUCUGCAGAACAGCCUGUCGCCCCUAACCUUACAUCUCGGGCCUCUCGGGGUAGAUCAAAUAAGUCUAUCAGGACCCCAGAACCAGUUGUCCAAACUGGCCCUGAAUUCCAUCCAUCCACUUCCUCAGAACAGUCUAAUACCCCUGAGCCCUCAUCUCAGGGCAGGACACGUAGGUCUGUCAGGACUCCUGAAGCAAGUGUUUCCACAACCCCUGCACUCCAGCCUUCCACUUCUAAAAAACAGCCUACCCCCAAGCCCACAGCUCUGGUCACUCGGGGAAGGACACAUAAACCCUCCACUGAAGGUUUGGAAUCAGUUGGGCCAGUGGCACCUGAUUUUGAGCCUCCCACCUCUACAGACCACCUUGUUACCUCUAAGGUGACAGGUCAGAGCUUAACACUACAGUCUUCACCCCUAAGUGCUUCCCCAGUUUCCACUACCCCUGAACUCAAGCCUCCUGUCCCCAUAGCCCAGCCUCUUACCCUGGAGCCAGUUCCACAAACCAGUCACCAAAGGAGGCGAAGGGCUACUGGGAAGCAGAGCUCCCGCACAGCUCCUGUUGGUCCUAAGUCUUAUUCUACCCCCGCUGAACCUGAACAGUCUUCAGCCAGCCAAAGCUCAGGAUCAUCAGAAGCAGAUUCACCCCAUCAAAAACGUCCCCGAAGACAAGUCACCCAGAAAACUGUAGUUGUCAAGGAAGAAGAUCCUGGAGAAAUACAAGUGAAAGAAGAGCCUCAGGAGACAGCAAUUCCAACACCAGGCAAGAGAAAGAGGGACCCUGCAGAGGGGGAAACCCAGGGAAACCCAACUCGAAGCCGGCGAACUAAGCCUAACCAGGAAGCAGCAGCCCCCAAGGUACUGUUCACAGGAGUGGUGGAUUCUCGUGGAGAGCGUGCAGUGCUGGCUCUGGGAGGCAGUCUGGCCAGCUCAGUAAAUGAGGCAUCCCACUUGGUUACUGAUCGAAUCCGCAGGACAGUCAAGUUCUUGUGUGCCGUGGGGAAGGGAAUUCCCAUCCUGUCCCUGAACUGGCUCUAUCAGUCUCGAAAGGCUGGUUGCUUCUUGCCGCCUGAUGACUACUUGGUGACUGAUCCUGAACAAGAGAAGAAUUUUAGCUUCAGCCUUCGGGAUUCCCUGAGCCGGGCUCGGGAACGAAGACUACUGGAGGACUAUGAGAUUCAUGUGACCCCUGGAGUGCAGCCACCUCCACCUCAGAUGGGAGAGAUCAUCAGCUGCUGUGGAGGCACUGUCUUGCCCAGCAUGCCCCAUUCCUACAAGCUUCACAGAGUUGUCAUAACGUGCACUGAAGACCUACCUCGAUGUGCUAUUGCAUCUCGCCUGGGGCUACCCCUCCUCUCUCCUGAGUUCCUCCUGACUGGAGUGCUGAAGCAGGAAGCCACACCAGAGGCCUUUGUCCUCUCCAAUUUGGAAAUGUAGUCUACCU